UCUUGAAGGCAUGAGCUUUUUCAAAAUGAAAGUUGACCCAAUUUUGACUAUCAAAAAGAAACCAGGCAAAGGAAAGUUGCAAUCAUUUAGGGGGAAGUUGAACCCAUGAUUGAUUAUCCACUCGUCUUGCAGAAGAGAAAAUUAUGAGGGUACUGUAUAAUCUUCUCAAUAUGUUGGAAUGGAUAACAAGAGGAGGAAGACCCAAAGGGUUCCGCUUUCAAAAAUCAGGUGCUAACUCUUAUAGAGAAAUGUAUCAUGCUCCACAUGGAUCUGAAGGAAACCUGUCACCAUCUCUUGGUUAAUUCCCAGAUAAAUCCUGAUUUUACCGAAAUAGUAUGGAAACAUCUCGAACAGGAAAAUAAGGAGUUUUUUAAAGCGUAUCUUUUCAGAUUAAAUCUGAUGGCCCAUAUAAGGAUAUUCAAUUAUUACCUACAGAAACAAAGUGAAAUAAUUGCACAAUUACCAACUGGAGUUCCUGCUCUUGUGUCUCCUGAAAAUCAUGUUUCACAAUGUGGCGAAUCAUCCUACCCAUCUGACCAUAGCUCGAAUGUUGGAUCGGUACAAGGAAAGGGAAUGAGUGGGCCUAAGAAGCAAACAGUCUCGAAGGCUCGUAAGUUGAGUGAUUUGCCAAGGAAGCAACCAGUCUCGAAGGCUCGUAAGUUGAGUGAUUUGCCUAAGAAACCAUCAGUCUCGAAGGCUCGUAAGUUGGGUCCAAAAUAAUGUCAAUAUUUUGGAACCCGACCUUUGGGUUGGAGUGCCCGUUGUGGUGUCACAUUCCCAACGGAGUAAAAUAAUGUUUUCAUGUGCAACAGUUCUUUUCAUUGCUUGAGGCCAGAAGAUUCCUCCAAACAUAAAACAUGUUUUCAUGUGCACAGUUCUUUUCAUUACUUGAGGCCAGAAGAUUCCUCCAAACUUAUGUUUCUCAAACUCGCUUCAUAAUCGAGUUGGAUUUCUGUUAUUUGCAAUUUAUGAAUGUUCUUC